GCGAGGCGGCCUGCGCGGCGGCGCGGCGCACGCCAUGCACAGCGGGGCGGCGACGGCCGCGGCGGCCCCGCCGCCGGCAGGGCCGCCGGCGGCCGAAGAUCCCGCGGGCGAGGGCGAUGCGACCUCUGGCUGGACGCAGGCCAUGGCGGGCAUGGGCACGGGGCCGCUGCCGGAGCUUCCGGCGUUGGAGCACCGCCUCCGCCACGCCGAGGUGCUCCUGUCCCUCGCGGAGCUGGCCGGCUGGCCAGUUGAGGGCCGCACUUUGCACCGCUGGCGGGAGCUGGCGGCAGCCGGGUUGCAGUUCAUCCUGGAUUCCGCGGCGUCGCUUGGGGAGAUCGUGGCCACUCAGUUGUCCAGCGUUCUGGAGCAGACGGACGCCCUGCGGGGCGACCUUAUGGCCGAGCAGCUCGUCCAGCUUCGCCCUCACGUCGGGCUGGCGGCGCGGGCACCCCUGGCCCCGGCAGCUCUGGGCCGACUGCUCGCCGCGCGGCUUCGCAUCCUGGCAUCUGCCUUUGAAGGGCGGCCAUUGCGGCUGGUGGCCCCAAUGGACGUCUGGCCGGGAUGCGGCACGGUCGCUACCAUGCGAGAUUUGGUUUGGCAUCCAUUUCUCGGCGACAAGUGGGCCCCAGCGGUCGAGGCGCAAUCCUUCGCGCCGCAGCCGCUGCAGACGGUGCUCACCUCAGCGGGGUGCCCUCAGCACGCCGCCGGGGGCCUGCUCAUCGCCACGGACGUCUUGCGCAUCGGGUCCGCGUUCCGCGUCGCAGUGGGGCGCUACGGCCACAGCCCAGGUUCCACCCCAGCAUUGCCUCGCAGCCGAGUGGACUUUUGGCUUCCUCCGACGUUUGCGGCAUUCAGCCUCCAGAUGCUGAUGACCAGAUUGCGCCGCCACCUGUGGCCUUCCGCGACGGUGCUGUUCGCAGCCCGCUCCCUGUACGCCGACGGCUCCGCCCUCCUCGUGGAGCUCUCCGACGCCACGGCGAUUGUCAAGAUCGCCCACAUGUGCUCCGAGGCCCCCUGCAUUGGUCCGCGGCUGCCGACCGUCACGACGGAGGCGUCGCAAGAGCAGCGCAGUGGCAAUCAGCGGGAGAUGGUGCUCGGCAGGCAGAUCCAGAGGUCUUACGUCCCCUUGAUCUACGGAGAUCACGGCCACUGGGCCUUGCACGAGAGAGCGACCCAGGUGGGGAUGGACCUGGUGACGCUCCGCUUCGACACCAUCGCUGCCCAGGGGCCGCAGAGCAAUCCUGAGCAGGCCAAAGCAUGUUUAAUUGAGGUCUUCGACGAGGACGGCCAUCGCGGCUACCUGCUGGACCUCGCGCGGUUGUCACGCGCCCGCGCCAUGUUCGCCAGGAAGCGGCAGCGGCACGCGGACAAGGUGGCCUACGUCGGCAAGACCAUCCAGAACCACGGCGCCGUUGCCUUGACGGACACGCAUGGGCUGGAGGGUGGCGCCGGCAUCGUGGUGCGAGAUACUUUCUUUCGUCAGUUUCAGGCCGUGGGGCCCCGGUGGGUCCAUGUGGUCCUGGGCAGGGCGGCCAUGCUGCAGUUGCGAGGUCUUGGAGGCGCGUUGGACAAUCAUGUGGUGCAUUUCGCACCUGGCACUCCAGGGCUGGUGCAACCGCGCGGCGUGGAGACGGAGGGCCGGGACAAUGAGGACGCGAAGGGACAGCGUCGUCAGAUGCGCUUGGCGUUGGCCAGCGCCACGUCGCCGCGCAGCAAGGCCCUCUCCACGAUGACGGCCAGCUUCAAGUGGGUGGUCGCGGCCGAGGACAGGCCGGUCACGGCCGCCGUAGUUGCAUUUGGUCAGGGCGACGCUGCAGAGCCUGAGUUCACCCACGAGAAUGCCCAGGUGUGGAGCCGUCUGGACCGCUUCUACUGGGGCGCGUCGGCGGUCGGGCAGCUUGACAGGGCGAUCACUUGCGCUGCGCUCCUGGAGGCCAUGCGUCUCGCGUCGGACCGCAUCCACUUCGAGACCGCCGCGCGCCCUGCAGCCGAGACCAAGCAGGACCAGGCGGGCGCAGCAGCGUCGUUCGCUCGCGCCGCGGAGCGGGGUGACGUGGGGAUGAUGCAACGACGCCUGCAGUCUUUGCCGCUUCUCCGCUCUGUGGCGCCGUCGCCCAUGGAGCUCGCUGGGUGCAAGGGCGCCGCCCUGGGUCCCUUCCGCGGCCUGGUCUUGGAAUUGGCCCGCGGCGCUGCUGCAGAGGAGCUCACCGACCUGCGCGACCAGCUUCCCACGCUGAACGAGGUGCUCACCGCGCCGGACGCAAUGACCGCUGCCCUCCGCGCGCGCCGGUCCGGGGCUUCCUCCGAACGGCCAGUAGACGGGGCAUUGCUGGAGCAGUGGGUGACCGAGGGCCUGGUGUCGGGUGACGAACCAGCGGGCCUGGAGUGCUUCCUGGACACGUUCAACGCCAGCUUGAUGGUCUUCUUGCCGAAGGGCUCAGGCUCGGUGACACCCGAGGGAGCAGGCCACCGCCCAGCAGGCACGAGGCCGCUGAACGUCGCCGAUUGCCACAACCGGCUGCUUGCCAGCGCGGCCAGGGCAUGCGUGGAGGAGCCCUUGGCGCAAGUCAGAUCCACGGACCAGCGGGGUUUCGUGCCAGGCCGUUCCACGUUGUCCAACGCGGUGGAUGUGGACGAAGCUUCGCAGCGGGCAGCACUGGAAGGCGACGCUGGGCCGGCAUGGUUCUUCGAUUUCCAAGUCGCUUUCCCUGGCGUCGCCCGCGCCUUCCUGCUGCGGGUGGUCGCCGCGGUGGGUCUUCAAGGGUGGCUCCUGCGAUUUGUUCGCCCCCAGUGCCAGAACAACCGUUGCCGCCCGGCGGUGGGCGGGGCAGUUCACGAGCGUUUCGAGGCGCGGGCAGGUAUUCACCAAGGGUGCCCGUUGUCGCCGAUAUUGUUUGCCGUGGCAAUGGACACCUUGCUCCGGCGCAUGCGGCGGCAGCUGCCAGACCUCACUUCGCAGGUUUUUGCUGACGACGCGGCCGCUGUGGCUCCAGACAUGCGGCUUGCAGCUCCAGUCCUUCAUCGGCUCUUCGCGGAGUUCGGCCGCCUCUCAAGCCUCCAUCUGAACGUGCCCAAGACGUACCUGGUUCCCUUGUUCAUGGCAAACCCUGACACAGUUCUUCAAGACUUGCUACAGCAGCAGCCCGGGUGGGGGGGAAUUCGCGCUGCUUCGCACGCCGGGUACUUGGGCUUCGAGCUCCGGCCGGGUCGCGGCCACGCCCCUUCUACGAGGCCGCUCGCGCAGGCACAGGAUCGACGCGUCCGUCGGCAGCUCCAGCGCCAGGCCGCAGUGUGGAUACAGGAGGCGCAGCAAGGAGAUCUGGAGCCCCUCGUCCAGCACCAGCUAGGCCGUUGGCAGGUGGAGUUGCCCCUGCAGUUUCGCCCAGCGCAUGGCGCGCACUUCCUCCGAACCCUGAACAAGAGGGUUCCGCCUCGAGCGCGGGCAGCGGUCUGGGGAGCCACGUGGAAUGGGGGGCCGACAGCCCGUCGCACUCAGGGCCGCGAGGUCCUUCCCGGCUGCCUCUUGGGCUGCGCCGCGGACGCGCCCGACUCGUUGGAGCACUGCGCCGACUGCCACUGCGUGCACGAGGUGGGCGCGACGGAGCUCGGGCUGCAGCCGCUGGGGACGCCGGGGGCCCACCUGGCGAAUUUCCUCGGGUUGGAUUUCGGACAGAUGGGCGUUCCUGACGCGCUGGUCCUCACGGCCCUGCGGACGGCCGCGGUCUACAAGCAGCAGGUGCUCAAGUACACAGAGGUUGCUCACAUACGCGCUGAGUACGAAGAGCGCAACAAUGUUCGCGACCAAAAGAUCGUCCGCAUGGAAGCUUCUUUCAAGGUCCAUGUGGAGGCCGUGCAGACUGGCGACCAGCACGCACAGGCCGCAACAUACGCCCCGUAUGAGGAGCGUCUUCGAGCUGUGGGGCAGGGCUUGCAGCGGCAGGCCAAGGAACCCACGCCUGCGCCAAUGGCCAACGUGGCGGACGAUGUCGAGAAUGCAGCGAAAGUCCACAUACACCCGAAAGUGAACGCCCAGAUCACGAAGGUGAUGGUUUCUGCUCAAAGUAGGACCGGUAUGGGCCUUCUGGACCUCGACAUUUCGUCUGGCCUUUUCCACGCAGGCGGGCGCGCGCACAUUGCUGGCGAGUUCCCCGAAGAGAUUCUGACCAACGCCCACUUGGACAGGCAAAAGAGCAAACUUGGCCUGCAGAAGAUUAAACGGCGCAAGCAUAAGAUGCUGGACAAAGCUGCGAAGGCGGGCCCGAAGGAGCGCCUGCAAAAG